GGGUUGUAUGUUCAAUGUAUGUUAGUUUGCCAGUUAUCAGGUGUUCAUGCUGUCUGCCAGGCACGAACUAAGCUUUUGAUUCUGUAAACUUCCGCCUCAUUCCUGAUGGACGCCCCGAACGACCCAGGGACGGAAAUACAAGAAGUGAUUGGGAAGCUUAUGGCAGAUCCUAGCACCGAACAGGUGGCUUCAGAGAUGAUGGUGCUACAGUCCAUCUAUGGUGAUGAUGCCAUCCAGCCAUGGAAGUCUCCCGCCAAUGGAAAACCCGUCAACGGAGACUCGGCGACCAUUCGCUAUGUGCUCUCUCUCAAUCUUCUAGCUCACGAGGAUAUAUCCAUCCGAGUCCUCGUUUCCAUCCCUUGUUCAUACCCUGCAUCUAGUCCCCCUCAGCUCCAGCUCCUCUCUCGUUAUAUUGGCGCAUUCGGAGUAGAUUCUUCGCUGUUUGGGUCAGUUUUACGAACGUUUAUGUCUACCUCUGCAGUGCAGUGGUCCCCGGGCACCGUCUGUGUAUUCGACGGACUACAAAAUGUACUAGAACGAUGUGAGAAUUGGUACCAAGAGCGCUUGCACAAAGACAAGGCCGAUGAAGUGGUCCGCGCAGAUGUUCUUCCAAUGGAUCCUCCCCUUGAUGAGUCGGAGGAGGGGCCCGUCCCAGUCGAGGCCCCGGGAAAUACUGUCCUACCAGAAGGGAUCCAAAUAAUAGCAGCCGAACCGAUCGUAGACAGAAAAAGUGUCUUUGUGGGACGAGCAUGUCGGAUAUCUCAUCCGUCACAGGUACCACCGAUACUUGAUCACCUCAUGUCUGAUCGGCAAAUCGCUCGUGCUGCCCAUCCUAUUAUCCAUGCAUGGAGGUGCAAAGUGGGCAACAUUCUUCAUCAAGACAACGACGACGAUGGCGAGAACGCCGCAGGAAAUCGCCUGGCGCACUUAUUGUCUAUUCUCGAAAUUGAUGGCGUGUUGGUCGUCGUAACAAGAUGGUUUGGAGGCGUACAUCUCGGACCUGAUCGUUUCAAACAUAUCAACCAUGCUGCGCGGAAUGCACUAGAGGCAGCUGGAUUCCUUGACCAAAGCGAGGACUCUGGGAAAGGCGGCAAAGCAUUGCAGAAAGGUCGCAAACGGUGACCUUGCAAGACCUUUCUAGAUGUGUGUACAUACAUACCGUAGAACACAUAAUAUCAAUUCAUGAGCAAUG